CGUCGCCGGCGCCGCCCACCCGCGUCCCGGAAGCAGCGAGCUGCGGCGCCAGAGUCAGUGAGUGAAAGCGGCUCCUCCCGCCGGCUGCAGGCGCCGCAAAGCCGGCGUCCCUGGCCCGCUCUGUCAGAGCUCUCCUGGAGAAGGAGGGCGAGCAGCUGGCGUCAGCGCCGUUUCUCUUUGCGUGUUUGUUCCCCAGAGAGGGCCUCCCUGUCCCCCGCCGCUCGGGCCCACGCGUAGGCUGGGUGCCUCCGCUACACCUGGACGCUGUCACCUCCUGUCCAGGUCCCCGGUUCCUAACCAGUGGCCCCGCCGCGGAGCGGUGAGCGCCCGGCCCGCCGUUCUUCCGCUGCCGGCUCCAUGGGUAGCGAGCAGAGUUCCGAGGCCGAGAGCCGACCCAACGAUCUGAACUCCUCAGUGACUCCUUCUCCGGCUAAGCAUAGAGCCAAGAUGGACGAUAUUGUGGUUGUAGCUCAGGGCUCUCAGGCCUCGAGGAACGUCAGCAACGACCCUGAUGUCAUCAAGUUGCAAGAGAUUCCAACCUUCCAGCCCCUUUUGAAAGGGCUUUUGAGUGGCCAGACUUCCCCAACAAAUACCAAACUGGAGAAACUGGAUUCUCAGCAGGUGCUGCAGCUCUGCCUCCGCUACCAGGAUCACCUGCAUCAGUGUGCGGAGGCCGUGGCUUUUGAUCAGAAUGCGCUGGUUAAACGAAUCAAAGAGAUGGAUCUGUCUGUAGAAACCCUCUUUAGUUUCAUGCAGGAGCGCCAGAAAAGAUACGCCAAAUACGCCGAGCAGAUCCAGAAAGUCAACGAGAUGUCCGCCAUCCUCCGCCGCAUACAGAUGGGCAUCGACCAGACGGUGCCGCUGAUGGAGCGGCUCAACAGCCUGCUGCCCGAGGGCGAGCGACUGGAGCCCUUCAGCGUGAAGCCCGGCCGCGAGCUCCAGCUCUAGGGCCCGCCCCGCCUGCCAGAUGCCAGCCCGCCGAGGACGUGGCCAGAGCUCGAGGCUGGUGGACAUGAAGCAGCCGAGCCGGUGAAGGGCUCACCUGGCCCUGCUGCUGUCUUUGACGCAUAAGCCCUGUGCAAAACGGACCGAUGAGUUCUAGGUGACAACCAGUUACAUUUGGAUUAUUAGGAACUCUUUAAAGAACUCUGCAUUGAGAAUUAUUUUCUAUUUUGUUUUGUUUUUCACUUGAGAGUGUACGUGGCCUGGUCUGCUGUUGGGAAUGGAAGCACGCAGUAAAAGGGAACAUAGUUGAAGCGGCUGUGUCCUCGGUGCCCUCGGGGAACAGGACUCAGCAGACUCUGGGUGUGGGCUGGGAACAUAAAGAGCUGAUUUAAUCGA